AUGUUCCUGCUGCUUGGUCUGCUUUGUGCUUUCUGGGUGGAACCUGCUUGGAGUCACAAGGAAGAUGGAAGUUUCAGUUUUGAGGGAAACAUUCAGCAGGUCGCAGUGGCCACCAACUCUGUUUACAUCGCUACAGAGGAGAAGCUGUACCAGUUGAGCCAUGACCUGACUCUGAUGCACAGCCUGACACAGAAAGGGAUCCUCAAGGACAACAAUGGGAUGGGUGAUACAGAGUUUCAUCAAAUCUCAGAAACGGAUUUGUUAAAUGCAAGGUUUAGUGUCAAUAUUUUAAUUACAUUAGCCAGGAAUGACACAUUGAUCAGCUGCGGUGUGACUGGAAACAAACUCUGUGGUUAUUGUGAGAUUCUGGACCUGAAGAACAUCUCCAAGCUGGUUUACAGUGAAUCCAUCCAGGUCGGACCUCAGAGAAGCAGCAGUGGUUCUGUCAGCUUUCUGGUGGAUGUGAAGGAGGAUUCAGGUCAGACUGAGACUUACAUCCUGACAGCGAUAAAAAAUCCUAGACUCAAGACAGACUGUAGCGCUGAUUUAAAGACAAUCAACCUUCAAAACACCAAUCAAAACCAGCUUGGGGAAAUAUUUUCCUGGUCUGGAGGUAAAAGCAACAAAGUCCGUCUGAUCUGGCUUCAGGCUGAAACCAGUAAAACUCAGACUCUGGAGUCUCUUCAUGGAGCGACUCUCAGUUCCUCUGGAGGAGAAGACAGCAGACUGCUGGCGUCCUCGGUUGUCCCAGGUGGACAGCAGGUCCUGUGGAGUGGAGUGUUCAGUGUGGACGGAGGAGAAAGCAACACUGAGCUGCUGCUGUUUGACAUCAGUCCUGAUCUCAACAGGGAGAUGAAUAAAGAUCCAGACUUUUUUUACUCAUCAAAAAAUACAGAGACCUCUUCAGGGCCAAAUCUAAAACCAAAGGUUGUUCUUCUGAAACACAAUGACAUGACUUGUGUUUUGGUGACGAAACAGAAGGCCUGGAUGGUGUUUUUCAUUGGAACAGCAGACGGUUUGCUUUUGAAGCUUGUUGUAGACAGGAAUUUUAAGCCCAGCUGUCCAGAGGUUCUCUACAGAGAGAGUGAAAAGCGCAAAGUGUUUCCCAAAAUCCAUCUGGAUCAAGUGGAUCAGAAUCAUGUGUAUUUGCAGUUUAAAAACAAGAUUGAGCGUGUUCCAGUGUCGAGGUGUAGCACUCACAGAAACGUGAGGGCUUGUCUGGCGGCACGGGAUCCCCUCUGUGUGUGGUGUGUGUCUGAAGACAGCUGUACAUUUGAGGACCACUGCACAGAUUCAGAGUGGUUGUCCAUCCCUGAUGAGGCCCAACAGGAAAUGAUUUCCCUCCGAGUUGUGAAGGUUUCCAGUGGAAUGAUCAAAGUAUUGAUCCAGACUCACCUGACUGUGCAGCAGAAGGUUCAGUCAAACUUCACCUGUGAAUUCUCCUCAAAUUCUAGUCAGAUUUGUAGGCAACAGGGGCUUUCAGCACAGUUCCCUCAGUGCACAUGCAUCCUUAUCGACACUCUUAUUACUGAUGACCUGGAUGUCACCAUAAAGAUCAACGUUGGGAAAUUUGAGCUGACAGAACAAAGAAAACUAAUCAACUGUUCAACUAUUCAUCUGUGCCGACAGUGUAUCAGAUCUGGCUGCCAGUGGAUGGAGGACAGCUGUUCCUGGACCAGUGAACUUACUUACAAUACCCAGGAGGACAUUUGCCUUGAGAUGGAAGCUGGGAUUAACAUUUCUAUACCAGAUGUCAUCUCCGUUACACCUAGUGUUGUGUCUUUGUAUGGGAAAAACCACGCUUUGUUGUCAGGCCACAACCUGAGCGACGUGAUCGGAGUGAGAGUCUCGACGCACAUGGACUGUAGUCCACAGGAACUUCCUGUGUGGAACAACACUGGUGUCAGUUUGACCUUUCACAUCCCCGCCACUGAAACUAGAAGAGUGAUCAAAGUGUGCGUUCUUCUGCCUGAUGGCAGUUGCCAUGGAAACACCACAAUCACCUAUACGUCAUCACCAGUCUGCACUGACAUAGUACCUCGGAGCAGCUGGAGGAGUGGGAAGAGGAAGGUCAAGCUCAUCGGGACACACCUGGAGUUUGUGGAUGGGCUGACGCAGAGCCACGCCCAGCAACAAGUGUUGCUUCCCAGGAACAGCAGCAGUCAGGAGACUCUCAGCUAUGAUACGCCGACAACAGAAAACAGUCAGAUUUCCUGCAGCACCGUUUUUAUGAAAGUUGCCAAUCAAACAGUGGCCUGUUUGGUCAAACUAACGUACUAUCCUGAUCCAGAGUUUACCAGCUUCACUACAGAGAGGCAGGGAAAUGAUACCCGUAUUCUUCUUCACAAAAGUUCAGAUAAACUGGAGAUAACAGCAGCAGAGUUGUCAGUGUGGGGUAUUGAGGGUGAAAAACAACAUCCCUGUGUCAAAAUCAAAGAAAACCAUAACAAAACAGACUCCUUUGUCUGUGACAUUCAAGGAGUUAACAAUGCUAACUUCAGGUCUAUAAAGAUUAAAUAUGGUGACACAACUGUGUGGAUGCAGACUCUGACUGCAUUGCAUCUUGGCCUUUUGAUUCUACAUUUUCUUCUCAAAUGCUCUAUUCUCACUGUGCUGGUGAUUUUCUGUCAGCGGAAAAAGAGACAAACAAGCUUUGAUUACUGACCAGCCAGAGGAUCAUUGAGAAUAAGUACAGCCUGAGAAUGGGUACAUUAUGAUCUUUGCUUUGUCUUUACAUUUUUAAAUGUUACAGAAUCUUCUAACAUCCUUUUGUAUCAUCUUAAUAUAUCCACCCUGAAC